AUGGCGGCCAUCGGGCUCUCUAGUGAGACUCGUGUAACGGGGAUUUUCUUCAGUCAUCCCUCCAUGGUGAGGCUGGUCUGUCCUCUGGAGUCUCACUCCCCUUACCCCUCUCCUCCAGGUGAGGCUGGUCUGUCCUCUGGAGUCUUCCUCCCCUUACUCUUCUCCUCCAGCCCAUGUGAUCUCUGUGAUCUCUAUGAUUGGCUGAACCAGUCCGAGUUGUUUCCUCUACUUAUGGUCAUUGACUCUCACGCGGCAUCGUGCCGAGGAUUGGUCAUCAUCACCAGACGGAAGGUCAAUCCCUCACCUCUGAACUCGGUCAAAGUUUGCCGGCUGAUCGACUCCCAACAACGUGAAGAUUCUCUUUCCGGCUCGGAGAUGAAAACGAAGGAUCUUCCGGCUGCCAUAUUCUGCCUUCUGAUUGGAUGGGAACAUCUGCAGGUGAAUGGCGCCACCUACAAGCUGAUGUACAAAGCCAACGUCUUUGAUGACCAGUACAUCGGGUGCGCAGAAGAACUCACCGAGGCCAUCAUGCCCUGGAUCCUGCAGAAGGAGAAGGCCAACCAGCAAUUUGGCGAUGCUUGGAAGAUGGCGACCAAAGAGUGGAACAAAAUGGCGUCCAAGCUCGACCUCCCGGAUGAAUUUGAGGACGAGUAUGGGAUCGCUCUGCUGGUGUUCACCAACCAGAUCCCUGAAGGGAACCCCAUAUACCAGCAACUGAACGCCAACCUCGCCGUCGCUGGCGCCUCUGUCAAGUCCUACCUGGACAACUUUCACUUUAAAGCUCUUCACUUCUAUCUGACCAGAGCCGUGCAGAUCCUAAAACCGGACUGCAGCCGCAAAUAUACAACGUUCCGGGGGAGCGAGGACACCUACAAGGUCUCCCCACUACUCAAGUUCGGGAGGUUCACCUCCACUUCUCUGAACAGCACCAUGGCGCAAACCUUCGGCACGGCGUCCCCCUUCCAGAUUACAACCUGCUUCGGUGCCAAAAUUGGCCAAUUCUCCUUCUUCCCUAAGGAAGAUGAAGUUCUGAUCCCGCCUACGGAGCAAUUCACGUACGUCAUGAGGAGAGACUCCGCCUACAUCCUAGAGAGCACGGGUCAGAUGUGCAGCUACUUCAACUGCGCCAUCAAGGGAGGUGAGAAGCAAACGGCGGCUGUGUGUCACUCAGAUUCCUCCAAAUUACAAAACUUUGUAAAGAAAAAGAAAAUGUCGUCUCCGGCGGCUGAACAGGAGGAAAGAAUCUCCGCUCUGGAGGACCGGACCAUCCAGAACCACGAAGACUGGGACCAGAACCGACAGGAAGUGAGAGAACUCACCCAAAAGGCCGAGGACACAUUACAACAUUUAGACGUCCACCAAAAGAACAUUGAUUGGCUGCUUAGACAGGUGGAAG